AUGGUGAUGUUUUCCGAAGUGUACGCCAAGAUGUGGGGCUUGGUGAAAGAGCCCAUAUCCGAAAUGUACUCGACGUUGAUGGACUACAUCGAACGUGGAAGCAAAGUCCCAACGGACCUUCCUCCUGCUGUACCGACCGACGACGGUGCUGCACUGGAGAAGAUAGUGAACAACUUCUUCGGAAAGAUGUUCCCCUUGGUGUACCAUCAGGCGAUCCACCACCUGGACUCGAAAGACUUCAGCGACGACUAUAAAAAAUGCCUUCGGGACAAUAUGGAUUCGAUACAGCCGUUUGACGUCCACCCCAGGUCGAUGGGCAAAGCUAUUGCAAAGUCUUUCGAAUCGAUGAAAGUCGUCUUAGAAGCCCUCUCGCUUGGAAUAGAGGUGCUCUCGACGACCGACGAGCUCAUGUCGAGCAGGCACGAAAAUACAGAAACGUGCCGGGAGGCCCUGCUGAAGCUCUACUACUGCCCUAAAUGCUUGGGUCUACCUUCCAGCGUCAAGCCCUGCAACGGAUACUGCUUAAACGUCAUGCGCGGUUGCUUGACCCAGCAGAGGACGACCGAACUCGAUCUCCCCUGGAGCAAUUUCUUGAUGGAGACGCAAAGCCUAGUAAGGGAAAUAAGGCAAGGGCUCUUGCCCAACAUCGACUUCGUCUUAAAUGGACUCUCAGUUAAGAUAUCAGACGCCAUCAUGUACGCAACGCUCGAAGGACCUACCAUCGAAAAAAAGGUACACUUUAAUUUCAAAUAUUAA